CCAGGAACGAGCACAAUCACCAUAAAGAUGAGACUUUUGAAAGCAUACAAGAUGUAGGACUGUAGACGAAGCUGUUCCUGAUAGCGAAUUCAGAUUCACACCCGGCUGACAUUGUCGUGGAAGUAAUGACGUAUUCGGAUCACCAUAGAGAUCAUCUAAGGCUUCAUCAACUCAAUCGUGAUCGUUCAUGUCUACAUAAUGGAUCACGUGAGAAAAAUGCUGGGAACGCUCUAGUUUAUGCAGAAGAUGUUGAGCGUGGAGGUCCUAACGAUUCCACCGUUGUCACUUUUGACUCAGAACUUGAUGGGACAACUGACAUAAACCCAAAUUCAAGAAUCAAAGAUUUGAACCUGAUGAUGAACCUUUGCAGCCGUCUCAAAAUGCCAUCAACCAAACACUCCGAUGCCGAGUUACAAGGUUGGACAACGUGCGGAUUACUUCACCAAGACAUCAGCUCAUAUGUCAUCAACGUGAUUAAUUCUGAUGUGUAUCGAGUGAGUGGUUGUCGCCCGCACACCAAUACAACUCAGAGCUGCUCUAGUUCGGACACUAAAAGAAUUCUGGACUCUAACAAAACUAUGCGUAUGAAUCGCCCCAAAGGAAUUCCUGAAAGAAAUAGACCCAAAAUUGCAAACAAAAAUCCCGCGAGCACAGCAAGUCAAUUAGAUGCUUGGUCGUCUACAUUGCGUCGGUCCUCUAUGGGUACGGAUCCCAAAGGAAGCCAUGAAAGAAAUAGACCGAAGAUUUCAAGAUCAAAUCAUGCGAGUACCCAAACGGACAAGCCAAGUCAGUGGAAUGCUGGGACAACAUUACGCAAGUCUUCCACCGGAAAGAGAGGCCACCACCAAUAUGUUCCGUUUAAGUACAAUCUCCAUGAACGCAUCGAUAUGUCAAGGUUGAUCAGUCAAUAUAGGGAAUUAAUCGCUGAUACACGAAUAAUACGCCGUGGUGCCUUACCCUUUGAUCCACACUUGGGUGAAAUACGUUCUAAUGCGUUUACACAGAAUGAGAUGCCGAGCAACGUUGCCGAGCAGAAAUUGAUGUCAAGGAAGCUUAACCAUACAGGGCAGAAUGAAAACCUGAGACGAUGCCAUAGCAAUGAACAGAAUCGCAUAAUUGACCCAGGGCACAUUACUAGUAACGUAUAUGAGGUUCCUGGUAGGCGACAUAUUCGAGUAUUUGAAGCAUCAUGCAAACAAGGCGAUCAGAAUACCUCAACAUGCGCAACUGACCAAACUUUUGCGAACCAACAGAAGAAAUUUGAGAAAGUGAGACCAGUGGUCUGCCUUAGUAGACCAUCAAUUCCUAGUAACACCCAUGGUAAAGUAUGUGAAACUGGCGUAAAUACACUGAAAUAUAUAAAAUAAAUAUAUACAAGGAAUGAUACUGACAAAAUGUAAACCAUGUGAACUACCUCGUUGGCAGAACUGAUUACAUAUCUAAUCCAGAAAACUUGUAGGCCUAUAUCAAUAAAAAUACCUUUUAGAAUACCAUCUUGAAUAUAAUAGGUUACCACAAUUAUAUACAUUUCAAAUAAAUGUUAAAUCAUUACUGUUUUUUUAUUUCCAAAAACAAAAUAUAGG